UGAUUUAGAUAGAAGAAGGGUGGUAGGAAAAUUAUUUAGAUAGAAGAAGGAUGGUAGGAAAAUUAUUGUCCUCGGGUGAGGAAAAUUAUUGUCCUCAUAUAUAUUCGCUAUCGAAUCUCAUUUCAUUUUCUAUCCUUUUUGUCUCGAUGUCAAAUUGAAUACAAACGUAUAAGUUAGACGUAUAGGUACAUCUCUCUAUGUAGUAAGUGAAAUUGACCAAGUUCUUGGAAUAUUCAUGUUUGUAACAUAACCGUCGCGACUUCCAACUCUAGACGUAAUGAAUCCAGACCACCUGUUACAUCUACGUGUCUCAAAGCUAUUUACCUAUCUAAGGAGCAGCCACUUUGCUUGAACCUCCUACCUUCCUUCAGAAUCUAUCUCGAGAAUCUACCUCGAGAAACUACCUCGAGAAUCUACCUCGAGAAUCUACCUUGGAGAAUGAAUGAAAAUUGGAAUAGAAUACAGGAAAUCAUGAACUCGAUGAUUAAGAUCGUCGUCUCGGUCGCCGCCCUGUCCAUUUUAUUCGGAGAAAUUUUCGCAAUGCCACUGGCCCAAUGUAGUCCCGGCCUCCUCGACGAAGUACCACCUAAAGUACGAAAAAUCUGUGCAGCUUUAUCGACCAUAUAUCAAAUUCAAUCUGCGAUGGAAAGUUACGUCGGCGACAAGGUUUCAGUUCUUGAAGAGAACAACCCGUUACCAGGAAGCGGAGUUAAGAGACAAGACGUCGAUCACGUCUUUUUACGUUUCGGUAGACGACGCUAACCUCCAUCGAUGAAACAAUCUCCAAAACGAUAAAAUAUAAAUCUUCUGUCCUCAUCUGUGAAUCUCUAUCGUUGUCGAAUUAUGAAAUAAUAAAAAUAAAAUCAAACCUUACGGUCUUUACGUUGGCAUCAAAUUUGUUUAUCUAUUUAACCGACUUCCCUUAAAUAUAUGCAAUAUAUUUAUGU